AUGAACGCGAGAGCUCUUCUUUACUCUCCGAAUCUUCACUCUCUCUACACUUCGAACCGUCCACCUGAGACCUCUUCUCGCAAUCGCCGGAAUCUUAAAUCGGCUCCGAAUCCGUUACGGGUAUGGAUCUACCCGCGAAACAGGUCCAGCGUUUUCCGGGUCUUGGUUCGGAGCUCUGAUAAGAGAGAGAGCAGUAAUUCGUAUGCGGAGUUAUACGGUGAAAAAGUGAAUAGAAACGGCGUCGUUUCUGAUUCUCCUCCUAGCUCUCUCCCAUGGUGGGAGCAGUUUCCGAAGCGAUGGGUGAUUGUGCUUCUCUGUUUCUCUGCUUUUCUUCUAUGCAAUAUGGACAGAGUGAACAUGAGCAUAGCAAUACUUCCCAUGUCGGCUGAGUAUGGUUGGAAUCCGGCAACUGUUGGUCUGAUCCAGUCUUCAUUCUUCUGGGGCUACCUUCUCACUCAGAUAGCUGGUGGGAUAUGGGCGGAUACGGUAGGCGGCAAAACUGUUUUGGGCUUCGGGGUUAUCUGGUGGUCAAUCGCCACAAUUCUCACUCCUAUCGCAGCUAAGCUCGGUCUCCCCUUCUUGCUCGUUGUUCGUGCUUUCAUGGGAAUUGGCGAGGGUGUUGCAAUGCCUGCUAUGAACAAUAUACUGUCGAAAUGGGUGCCUGUGCAAGAGAGAAGCAGAUCUCUAGCGCUUGUUUACAGCGGAAUGUACCUUGGAUCUGUUAUCGGUUUAGCCUUUUCGCCCUUCUUGAUUCAUCAAUUUGGAUGGCCCUCUGUGUUUUACUCUUUUGGGUCUCUUGGAACUGUAUGGUUGACUCUAUGGCUAACUAAGGCAGAGAGUUCACCGUUAGAAGAUCUGACCUUGCUCCCUGAAGAAAGAAAACUAAUUGCAGACAACUGUGCCAGCAAAGAGCCAGUGAAGUCGAUCCCGUGGAGGCAGAUAUUGUCGAAACCGCCUGUUUGGGCUCUCAUCACUUGCCACUUUUGUCACAAUUGGGGAACAUUCAUUCUCUUAACAUGGAUGCCAACUUACUACCAUCAAGUGUUGAAGUUCAACCUAAUGGAAUCAGGGCUUCUCUCAGUAUUUCCAUGGAUGACAAUGGCGAUUUCUGCAAAUGCUGGAGGAUGGAUCGCCGAUACACUCGUCAGCCGAGGUUACUCUAUCACGACUGUCCGCAAGAUAAUGCAAACAAUCGGGUUUCUUGGACCAGCCUUCUUCCUAACACAGCUGAAACACAUAGAUUCUCCUGCGAUGGCUGUUUUGUGCAUGGCUUGUAGCCAAGGGACUGAUGCGUUCUCGCAGUCUGGUCUUUACUCAAACCAUCAAGACAUUGCUCCGAGAUACUCUGGAGUGUUACUUGGCUUGUCUAACACAGCUGGAGUACUUGCCGGAGUUCUUGGCACAGCCGUGACUGGUCAUAUCCUACAGCAUGGUUCAUGGGAUGACGUCUUCACCACCUCGGUCGGUCUUUACCUUCUUGGGACCGUCGUCUGGAACCUAUUCUCAACCGGAGAGAAGAUUAUCGAUUAA